AGAAUUCUGCGCGCGCGGCGGGGAUGCAACGUUGAUAGAGUUCGCGGGUCUAGCUGCUGGGGGCAGGAGCCGCACGCAGUGCGCCGCCGCGCGCCAAAGCGGGAAUCCAGGAGGCGGGCACCUCUGCAAUUAAUGCACGCAUUUAAAACUCCCGAACCUGCGGACGCCAUGCACAGGAAACACCUCCAGGAGAUUCCCGACCAGAGUAGCAACGUUACCACCAGCUUCACGUGGGGAUGGGAUUCUAGCAAGACUUCUGAACUGCUUUCAGGCAUGGGGGUCUCCGCCCUGGAGAAGGAGGAGGUGGACAGUGAGAACAUCCCCCAGGAACUGCUUUCAAACCUGGGCCACCCGCAGAGCCCCCCACGAAAACGGCUAAAGAGCAAAGGGAAUGACAAGGACUUUGUGAUUGUCCGCAGACCUAAGCUAAAUCGAGAGAACUUUCCAGGUGUUUCAUGGGACUCCCUUCCAGACGAGCUGCUCUUAGGAAUCUUCUCCUGUCUGUGCCUCCCUGAACUUCUGAAAGUCUCCAGUGUUUGUAAGAGAUGGUAUCAUCUAGCGUUUGACGAGUCUCUCUGGCAGACCUUAGACCUCACGGGCAGAAACCUCCACCCAGAUGUGGUUGGUCGGCUGCUGUCUCGAGGGGUGGUUGCCUUCCGCUGCCCACGAUCGUUUAUGGACCAACCGUUUGUUGAACGUUUCAGCCCUUUUCGUGUACAGCACAUGGACCUGUCGAACUCGGUGAUCGAUGUGUCUACCCUCCACGGCCUUCUGUCUCACUGCUCCAAGUUGCAGAAUCUCAGUCUAGAAGGCCUACAGCUUUCGGAUCCCAUUGUCAACAAUCUUGCUCAGAACACAAAUUUGGUGCGAUUAAACCUUUCUGGGUGUUCUGGAUUCUCUGAAUCUGCCCUGAAGACUUUGCUGAGCAGCUGUUGCAGAUUGGAUGAACUGAACCUCUCCUGGUGCUAUGAAUUCACUGAAAAGCAUGUGCAGGUGGCUGUCGCACACGUGUCAGAGACUGUCACCCAGCUGAAUCUCAGCGGGUACCGAAAGAAUCUGCAGAGAUCGGAUGUCUCUACCUUAGUUGGAAGAUGUCCCAGUCUUGUCCACCUAGACUUAAGCGACAGUGUCAUGCUGAAAAGUGACUGCUUUCCGGAAUUUUUCCAGCUCAACUACCUCCAACACCUAUCACUCAGUCGGUGCUAUGACAUAAUACCUGAAACUUUACUAUUUUCUGCAAAUGCUCAACUAACAAGGAACUAUUCAAGAAAAAAACCAGAAGACUAGCAGAAAAGAUCACCUACAACUGAAGAUAUAAAAGAGAACCACAACAAGACAGGUAAGAGGUUCGGAGAUGCAGUAUAGUCAAUACCCAUACCCCUGGGUGGGCAACCCACAAAUGGGGGGAAAUAAUUUACAAUUGCAGAGGUUCCUCCCAAGGAGCAAGGGGUCGGAGCCCCACACUGGCUCCUCAGCCCAGUGGCUCUGCAUUGGGAAGACAAGUCCCCAGAACAUUUGGCUUUGAAGGCCAGCAGGGCUUACUUUCAGGAGAGCCGGGGCUUUGGGGCUCCACUCCUAAAGGGCACACACAAAAUCUCACACGCUCCAGGACCCAGGGCAGAAGCAGUAAUUUGAAAAAAGCCUGGGCCAGACCCAUCUGCUGAUCCUGGAGAGGCUCCUGAAGAGACAAGAGGCAACUAGAGCUCACCCUGGGGACACAGACACUGGUAACAGUCAUUUUGGGAAGCUCAUUCUACCACGAGAAUGCUGGCGACGGCAAGCACCAUUUUGGAAUCCUCCUUCUAGCUUUUUACUGCCAGGAUGUGAACCCACAGGUCUGCUGCCUUAAGACCCCGAGGCCACAGAUAUCCCAGGACCCAGCCCUGUCCACCAGAGGGCCCAAGACCCAGCUCACACACCAGUACGCUCACACUAGCCAUGGGCCCCCCGGGGCCCUGCAAUCAGAGACCCCAGGACCUGGCUCUGCCCACCAGUGGGCCUGCAACAGUCUGGGGGCCAGCCUCACCCACCAGUGGGUAGGCACCAGCCCCAGGACCCCCUGGGCCCUGGCCCUGGCCACCAGUAGGCUGAAAUACCGACUCCAAGACCUCCAGGGCCCUGCAGCCAGAGACUCCAGGACCGCCUGCAUCCACCAGUGUGAUGGCACUAACCUCAGAACCUGGCCUCACCCACCAGUGGGAAGGCACCAGCCUGGGGAUCCUCUUGACCCCAGCCCCACCCACCAGUGGGCCAACACCAGCUCUGGGGCACCUUGGACCUCUCAACCAACUGCCACAGGAUCCGGCCCCUCCCACCAGCUUUGAGACACCCCCGACCCCAUAGACAGUCAUGUCAAGAACCAGCCCCACCCAUCGGCAGGCCAAGACUAGACCCGGGGCCCUUGGCCCCACAACCACCUACUCCAGAACCCAGCUCUGCCCACCAACGCAAGGAGCCCCAGGGCCCCACAGCCAGCAGCCUUGUGACCCAGCCCCACCCAACGGCAGCUGGCAGCCACCACGCAAGGCAGGGCCUGACAACCAACCAGACCCGGGACCAGCCACGCCUUCCAGACCACCCACAGUAGUCAGCCCAUCACAGGAGGGCCCAUACAGCCCACACAGGGGGCACCCCUAGAGCACACAGGUCCGGUGACCAGAGCAGAGUGUGCUGCUGGCAUGCAAAGGACAUCUCCUAUAAAACCUGCUUCUCCCAGGUUGGAAAAACAUAACCAACCUACCAAAUACAUAGAAAUAAAAACAGCAAAUUAAGAACAACGAAGCAACAGAGGAAUAUGUACCAAAUUAAUGAACAAGAUAAAACCCCAGAGGAACUAAGUGAAGUGGAGAUAGGCAAUCUAAACCUGAUAAAGAGAUCAAGGUAAUGAUCAUAAAGUUGUUCAAAGAACUCUGGAGAAGAUGAAAUGAAAAGGGUGAGAAGUCAGAAGUUUUUAACAAAGAGUUAGAAAAUAUAAAGAUGAACCGAACAGAGAAGAACACAAUAACUGAAAUGAAAAAUACACUAGAAGGAAUCAACAUUAAAUUAGAUGACAUAAAGGAAUGGAUCAGAAAGAUGAAAGAUAUAGUAGUGGAAAUCACUGAAGCUGAACAGAAAAAGAGAAAAAAUAAAUAAAAAUGAAUGAGGAUAGUUUAAGAGACCUCUGGGACAACAUCAAGCACACUAACAUUCACAUUAUAGGGGUCCCAGAAAGAAAAGAGAGAGAAAGGAGCAGAGAACAUAUUUGUAGACAUAACAGCUAAAAACUUCCCUAACAUGGGAAAGGAUAGACAUCCAGGUCCAGGAAGCACAGAGAGUCCCAAACAGGAUUAACCCAAAGAGGACCACACCAAGACACACAGUAAUUAAAAUGGAAAAAAUUAAAGAUAAAGAGAGAAUAUUAAAAGCAGCAGAGGAAAAACAACAAGUUACGUACGAACAAGGGAACUCCCAUAAGGCUAUCAGCUGACUUUUCAGCAGAUACUCUGUGGGCCAGAAGGGAGUGGCAUGAUAUAUUUAAAGUUAAGAAAGGGAAAACCCACAACCAAAAAUACUCUACACAGGAGGGCUUUCAUUCAGAUUUGAUGGAGAGAUCAAAAGUUUUACAGACAAGCAAAAGCUAAAAGAAUCCAGCACCUCUAAGACAGUUUUACAACAAAUGUUAAAGGGAUUUCUCAAAGCAGAGGGGGAAAAAAAGGCCACAACUAGAAAUAUGAAAAUUACAAAAGGAAAAAGCUCAUUGGUAAAAGCAAAUAUACAGUAAAAGUAGUAAAUCAACCAUGUACAAAGCUAGUAAAAAGGUUAAAAGACAAAAAUAGUAAAAUCAUCUAUAUCCACAAUAAGUAGGUAAGAGAUAUGCAAAGUGAUGUAAAACAUGAUGCCCAACAGUAAACAUGAGAGGAAGGAGCAAAAAUGAGUUUGAACUUAAGAGAUCAGGAACUUAAAACAGUCACAUGUAUAUACAGAUUGCAAGAUAUAAACCUCACAGUAAACACAAACCAAAAAUCAACAAUAGAUUCACAUGAACAAAACAGAAAGGAAUCCAAAGAUAGUCAUCAAAUCACAAAGGAAAAGAAUAAAAAAGAACUACAAAACAACCCCCCCAAAUUAACAAAACGGCAGUAAGUACACACCUAUCCAUAAUUAUUUUAAAUGUAAAUGGACUAAAUGCUCCAAUCAAAAGACACAGAGUGGCUGAAUGGAUACAAAAAUAAGACCCAUAUCUAUGCUGCCUAUAUAUACACAACGGAAUACUACCCAGCCUUGAAAAAAAAAGAAUGAAAUCUUGCCAUUUGUGACAGCAUGGAUGAACCUAGAGGGUAUUAUUAUGCUAAGCCAAUUAAGUCAGACAGAGAAAGACAAAUACUAUAUUUUACUUAUAUGCGGUAUCAAAAAAAAAAAAGAACAUAACAAAACAGAAACAGUUAUAGAUACAGAGAACAAACAGGUGAUUGCCAGAGGGGAGAGGGGUGGGGAAAGGAAAGAAUAGGUGAGGGAGAUUAAGAGGUACAAACUUACAGUUGCAAAAUAAAUGGGUCACAGGUAUGAAAUGAUCACGUGGUGACCAUUUUGAAAUGUACAGAAAUACCAAUCACUGUGUUCUGUAACAGGAACUAACAUAGCAUUGUAGGUCAAUUAUACUUCAAAAACAAACUCACUCAUAGAAAAAGAAGUAAGAUUUGUGGUUACUAGAAGCAGGGGAUGGAGGGACGUGGAGUUGGAUGAAGGCAGUCAAAAGGUACAAAGUUUUAAGAUAAAUAAGUAUUAGAGAUGUAAUGGACAACAUGGUAAUUAUAAUUAGCACUGCUCUAUGUUAUAUAUGAAAGUUGUUAAGAGAGCAAAUCCUAAGAGGUCUCAUUACAAGAAAAAACAAUUUUCUAUUUCCUUCAUUUUAUGUCUAUAUGAGAUGACAGAUGUUCACUAAACUUAUUGUGAUAAUCAUUUCAUGAUGUAUGUAUGUCAAAUCAUUAUGCUGUACACCUUAAACUUAUUCAGUGCUGUGUAUUAAUUACAUCUCAAUAAAACUGGAA